CCACCCACCACCAUGCUGGGCAUCCAUCGGGCAGCACUGCUGCUCGUUGUGACCCUCGCCGCCACUGCCGCCGCUUGGUCGAAAGAAGACCACGAAAUAUUUCGUCUCCACGAUGAAGUCACGAAGAGCGAGGGAGCAGAUGCCACCUUUUACUCUUGGCUAGGCAUUUCACCCAAUGCGAAGCAAGACGAAAUCAACCGCGCAUACCGCAAGCUGUCACGAACGAUCCAUCCCGACAAGGCGACGAGUAACUGGAUUGCAAACUACAACAAGCCUCCUCCAGUCGUGAGAAAUACUGGCGCAAAGCCGACUGUGCAUGUGCAGAAGAACAAGCAACCUUCCAAGUCACAAGUCGAGAAAGUCCGAAAGGAAGCUCAAUCUCGAUUCGAACGUCUUUCUUUGGUCGCGAAUGUUCUGCGUGGACCCGAACGCGAACGAUACGAUCACUUCUUGAAAAAUGGCUUCCCAAUCUGGCGAGGUACUGGCUACUAUUAUGAGCGCUUCCGACCUGGCUUCGGAACAGUGCUUACCGGUCUAUUUCUGUUUGGCGCAGGAGGAGUGCAUUACGCCUUCUUGUACUUGACAUGGAAACAACAGCGGGAUUUCGUCAACAGAUACAUCAAGCAUGCAAGGCGCAUGGCUUGGGGUGAUGAGUCGGGCAUUGGAGCCAUUCCAGGUCUUGGUGGACCAGUGGCCCAAUCGCCGAACCGGAAUGUCGAAGACAGUGACGAGAGCAUGACUUGGAAUCGCAAACAGAAGAGGGAAAUGGAAAGGCAGAAGAAGAAGGACGGAAAGAAUCCGGUGAAAGCAUCACGCGCGGCUGCCGCCAAGAAGGCCAGAGAAAGUGGUGUCUCUACACCUGUUGAGUCCGAAAUCACACCUGGACCUGUUGGAGCGAAGAAGAGGACUGUCGCUGAGAACGGCAAAGUCCUGAUCGUGGACAGUGUGGGCAACGUCUGGUUGGAAGACGAGACGGAAGAAGGUGAUGUGCAAGAAUUCUUGCUUGACCCUGACGAGGUUCCAAUGCCAACACUUUUCGACACCGGCAUCGUCCGAAUACCGAAAUACCUCUACAACGUCUCUCUCGGAAAAGUCCUCAACAAGCAAACGAGCGACCACGUAGCAGCCGAGCUUGUGGGUGAAGAAGAAGAGGUUGAUGCAACGGAAGCAGUUCUGCAGUCAGCUACCGCUCCAAAUGCGAAUGGCGAGGCGAGAAAGAGGAAAACAAAGAACAAGUCAUAGUUGUGGCUUUCAAAAAGUUGAUGAUAGAUUUUUUCUAGACCGGCUGUCCUCUUGGAAUACAUAGAAGCUGCUGUAUCAUACCAUGCCAAUACCAAAGAUCAUGGGUAUCCC